AUGAGCACCUCGACAAGCGUCUCGACGACCAGAAGCUCGAUAUCUAUCACGGCGUCUCUAAGCAGCUCUUCAAGCAGCUUUUCGAGUAGUUCUUGGAGUAGUUCUACUGCUUCACCCACGGCGAACCAAGCAAGCCUAGUCUCCACAACAAGCAGCACAGGCAGCAGCAGCACUAGCGGAACGAGUGGCAGUGCUUCCACGACUAGUAGUAGUAGCUCGAGCAGCAUCCCAUCAGGUACCUCAUCCUCGAGCGUCACUGUCAACGCCGCGAGCUUGGCGUCAACUACAAGUUCAUCAACAUCGACCACGAGAACAUCAACGUCGUCGUCAUUCUCUUCGAGCUCUGGCAGCUCUUCCUCGAGCACAGCAGUGGCCUCGUCAUCUUCUACAUCGUCUACAAGCACUUCUCCGAGUUUCUCUUCAAGCUCCUCCGUCAGCGCUGCGCUCAACACAUUGUUAACUUCGUCGAGCGCCUCCACGUUCUCGACCUUGACAAGAUCGUCGUCUUCUUCGACGACUUCAUCUACGCCCAGCAGUGUCAGUCUUCAGGCAAACACGCUUGCGUCAACCAGCUCGAGCUCAAGCAGUACAUCCACAUCGGCGACCACAACAAGCACACCAGGCUCGGCUUCAUCGUCCACCGCACCGACCUCAUCCUCAUCCUCACGGGCUAGUAGUACCUCCUCUUCAAGCUCGUCUUCUACCCGAAGUACUACAUCAACAAGCAGCUCUUCCAGCUCGAGCAGCAGUAGCACGAGCACCUCGUCGUCCUCAUCCAGAGUCGUCGCCUCAGCCACACAAGGCCCCGCGUUCUCGUGUCCCACAACCGGCUUCCUGAUUCAAUCCCUGACCCUGUUUUCACUGAACCUGGCUACCGGAGAGCGAACCCAAAUCGCCGACAACAUAGGCGGAGACUCAACGCGCAACAUCAACGCCUUGGGCUAUAACGCAAGAGAGGACUACCUCUACGGUAUCUCCCAGAACGAGGCUGCCACCGACUUCAAGAUCAUCCGCAUCCUGGCCAACGGCACGGGUACGUAUGUUGCUACGGUCAGCAAGCUCACAACCGGCCUGUUCAACUCGGGCGACAUCGACGAGAACGGCCAGUACUGGAUCUCCACUGGUGGUGCCGACUUCUAUCAGUACAACUUCGCUCCUGGCACCGCAAAUUACGGAGGUCUCGUCACUAGUGGCAAGCUCACCGGCACCGGUGGAUACACAAUCGGUGACUGGACUGUCGUGCCUGGCGUCGGAGGCGGAGAUCUAUGGUCCGUCGGCGUGAGCAAUCAAGUUGCUUACCUGUUGCGGUGGAGCCGGACCUCCCACGCAUUCACAGUGGUUCGCAACUUGGGCAACCUCACAGGAGCAACCGGGACUACGGUGCCUUUCUGGGGUGCUAGCUACGCAACCACAGAUGGCUACCUCUUUGCGGUGGAAAAUGGCAGUGGGCAGAUUUGGCGUAUUGCCGUUGAUGGCUCUUCAAACCCUCUAAGGUUGAAGGAUGCACCAGUCAGCAGUCGAAACGAUGGUGCCAGAUGUCUUGAUUCCGGUGCCAUUGUUGUUAGUGGCUAA